CGCGCUGCUGCCCCCCAGCCCCAGCCCCGGAUCCGCCGCGCUGCUGCCCCCAGCCGGCUCAGCUCCCGGUCAAGCCUCCAUCACAUGACACCCAAUCAUGGCUUUAUUUCCGCGUUCACACAGCCUGCCAGUCUGAGCCCUUUUCCCAGCUUCUCUCCCUCUCUGACUCUUCUUUCUUGUUUCCCUCCCGCCGUCGGAGGGUUGGGAUCUCUCUCUCUCUACCCCUACCCCCUCCCUCUGUCUUUCUCCGCCUGCUUUACGGGAAGAAGCCAACGGCACAAACGCGCCUGCUCCUGAAGUGAGGAGUUUAAUAGCAAUAACAUGCUCACCCGGGUGAAAUCUGCUGUAGCCAAUUUCAUGGGAGGCAUUAUGCCGGGAAACGCCAAUGCUGAACAUGUCAAUGGGACUGAGUUGCCGAUGAAAUUCCCAUAUAGCAGGCCAGAAUUCCUGGGACUGUCUCAGGAUGAGAUCGAGUGCUCUGCGGAUCAUAUCGCCAGACCCAUCCUCACAGUGAAGGAGCACCAAAGGCUUCCAUGGGCUACUGGCUAUGCAGAGGUGAUUAAUGCAGGGAAAAGCACACACAAUGAAGAUCAGGGUUCUUGUGAAGUGGUGACAGUGAAGAAGAAAGCAAGUGCUCCGAUCACACCAAGUAAGAAUUCUGCAGUCAAAAGGAGGUCUUCAUUACCAAAUGGGGAAGGGUUACAGCCCAAAGACAACUUAGAGUCAGAGGGGAUAUCAUUUAACUACUGGGCACUUUUUGAUGGGCAUGCAGGAGCUGGUGCUGCCAUUGUGGCCUCCAAGCUCCUCCACCACAAGAUAGCAGAGCACCUUCAAGAGGUGACCGGCGUACUGCGCAACUCGGCAGUUCUGCCCCCUACCUGCCUCACCGAUGAGCCUGAAGUGGUGAGCAACACAAGGACAUUAACCAGAGCUGCCUCGUUGCGGGGGUCAAUGGGGACCCCGGGGUCGCCGAGCAGCCCUCCAACGCGCUUCUUUAUCGAGAAGAAAAUUGCACAUGAGGGAUUGGUUAUCGGAGCAAUUGAAAAUGCUUUUAAAGAAAUGGACAUCCAAAUUGAACGAGAGAGAAGCAUGUACAAUAUCUCAGGUGGCUGCACUUCCUUGGUGGUGGUAUUUCUGAUGGGGAAGCUUUACGUUGCAAAUGCUGGGGAUAGCAGGGCAAUUAUUAUUCGAAACAGGGAAAUCAUUCCAAUGUCUUCAGAGUUCACCCCAGAGACCGAAAGACAGCGGCUCCAGUACUUGGCUUUUUUGCAGCCACACUUAUUGGGGAAUGAAUUCACCCACCUGGAGUUUUCCAGAAGAGUGCAGCGCAAAGAACUUGGGAAGAAAAUGCUUUUCAGGGAUUUUUACAUGACUGGCUGGGCAUAUAAAACCAUCGAAGAAGAUGAUCUAAAGUUUCCCUUGGUAUACGGGGAGGGAAAGAAGGCCCGUGUGAUGGCAACUAUUGGUGUGACUCGAGGAUUUGGAGACCAUGAUUUGAAGGUUCAUGAUUCAAAUAUCCAUAUAAAACCCUUUCUCUCGUGCACACCCGAGGUGAGAGUCUACGACUGUACAGAGCAUGAACAUGAUGCAGAUGAUACACUGGUUCUAGCGACUGAUGGCCUAUGGGAUGUUCUGUCAAACAAAGAAGUGGCAGACGCUAUCACCAGCUUUCUUGCCAACUGCGAUCCUGAUGAUCCACACAGAUACACUUUGGCAGCCCAGGACUUGGUGAUGAGAGCCAGGGGAGUUUUGAAGGACCGAGGAUGGAGGAUAUCAAAUGACAGACUUGGCUCAGGCGACGACAUCUCUGUCUAUGUCAUUCCACUUUUGCAGGGGAAUAAGUGGACAUGAUAAAGAAAACAACAUGUUAGGGGGUAGUGUUUGUGUAGCUGGCCCCCAUAAUGAUAUUGGUGGAAGAUUUCCUUUGUUUUUGUUACUUGUAGCAAAGAUUAUCUAUGCAGUUUUACUACAAAUAGAAAACAAAAGGAAAUCAUUGUGGUGACCAGAAAGUGAGGCAGAAGUAUCAGAAAUGAUUCAAGCAAGUCUUAUGAAAACACAGGAGAUUAAUAAACUGCAUAUUGGCAAAUUCUGUUUUCAGUUCAACUUUCACAAUUCUUAAAUUCCAUUUCUGAUGUUCUUUUAAUUUUUUUUCCUGCAAUCAAGUAAAUAUCCUCUAUAAAUCUAAAAGGAUUUAUCAAAAUCUCUAGAGUCUUUAUGUUAUGAAAAUUUUGAUGUAUAUUUUCCAAGUGCUGUAAUGUUAGUGGAGAAGAAAUUCUUUGUUUGCCCUGUGUUUAGCAUUCUUCAUAUAAUCAGUAUGGCAAUCCCCUAAGGGAGAAAUGAUAUAAUAAUGUAGUAAAUAUUGUUUCAAUUUUUAUGGCUUUGUUUAAAGAUGAAAUCCGUUGGUCAUCAUAGUUCAUUGAAAAGUGAUACAGAGCACCAACUGUUGUAUAUAUAUGCAGGAGAAGAUAUGUGAAACUGCUGGUUAUUUUUGUAAAAUGAUUUUCUUUGAGUAUUGAGUAGAGACUAGCCAAGAUUUCCUACAGGCUUUCAUAAAUUUGUCUGUUGUCAUUGUCAACAUAUAUUGCACUUAUCAUGAAAACAAAUUUGACUGCACAGUUCUGUUCUUGGGUUCUUCCACUGAUUAAAUGCUUGGAAAGAGUCAAAAUGCUGCAAUAAUCACACACUACUCAUGCUGGUCUCUUACUGAAGCAGCAUUAAUAGAUUAAAGUAUUCUGCAAGAGUGAUGUUCAUCUCAUGGAAGUAGUUCAAGUUUGAUCUAUGCUACUCUGAAAUAAUUCAUAGGUGCCAAGAGAAAAAUAUUAAUUUAAAACAAAUUUCUGAGACAAAUGUGAAACAUUUUUAUUCCAAAGCAAUGUUACAUUCAGCCAUAUUUGAUGUUUUAUUUCUGUGUUUUAAAAGUACUGUAUAAGAAGGCUGGAUUGAAGAUGUAAACAAUUUCAAGUAUUGCGCUGUAUUUGACAUGAAGGUGAACUGUAAAAGGAAGUUGAUGUUGCACUGUACAGUAAUUAAAUUUGCUUCAUGUUUAAA